GACCCAAAGAAAAACCGCCUGUACCAGUGGACAAAGGCAGAGUUAGAGGGGGGGCUAAUCCAGCUGUUCUUCAACCUCUCCUCUGAACCUAUGCAAGGGACCUACACAGUGGUGGCACAGAAGGCCGCUGGGAAGACAAUUCGGCAUCCUUUCUCUGUGGAGGAGUAUGUGCUGCCAAAAUUCGAAGUCACAGUGAAAAUGCCCAAGGUGAUCACCAUUCUUGACGAGAAGGUGAAGGUGACAGUCUGUGGUCUAUACACGUUUGGGAAGCCGGUUCCUGGCUCCGUGAGCUUCCGUGUCUGCCGGAACUUUGAACGUGAAGCCGUCGCCUGCUAUGGUGAAGAGGCUAAGGCAGUGUGCGACGAGUUCUCUGGACAAACAGACAACUAUGGCUGUGUUUCUGAAAUGGUAAAGACCAAGUUAUUCCAGCUCAAGAGAAGUAGAUAUGAGAAUAAACUCCAUGUGGAGGCUAAAAUUAAAGAGGAGGAGACAGGAGUGGAGUUGACUGGAACAGGCUUCUCCGAGAUCACAGCCACCAUUAGCAAGAUCACCUUUGAGCAUUCAGACUCCCACUACAAACCUGGAAUCCCUUUCUUUGGGCAGGUGAAACUAGUGGAUGGGUCUGGUGCUCCAAUCGCCAAUGAAAUUGUGAGGAUUUCUUUACAAGGAGGCCAGGAAACCAACUACACAACAAAUGAAGAGGGCAGGGCACGGUUUUCCCUGAACACUUCCACGCUGAACUUCGAUACUGUUGGAAUUCGGGCGACUCAUAAAGUACACCCCUACUGCUACGACCGCUCCUGGGUUGUUCCGUAUUAUGAAGAAGCCCAUCUCCAACUGAAGCGCUUUUACUCUCCUAGUAAUAGCUUCCUCAAAAUUGAGCCCAAGUCCGAGACACUCAGCUGUGGCUCCUCCACCGAGGUCCCGGUGCACUAUAUCCUUACUCCAGGGGCCGUGGGAGACCAGAAGAAAAUUGUCUUUUACUACCUGGUGAUGGCCAACGGAAUCAUUAAGCAUGCGGGCACCCACGUUCUGGAUUUGGACCAGGAAAGUGCCAGUGGGGUCUUCUUGCUACAGCUGCCUGUGGAAGCUGAUAUUGCUCCUGUGGCCCAAGUGCUUGUCUACACCACUGGCCCCAGCGGGGAGGUGAUUGCUGAUUCAACCAAGUUCAAUGUAGAAAAGUGUUUCAGCAAUAAGGUGGACUUGAGCUUCUCUCCUUCUGAAGGCCUGCCUUCCUCUGACGCUCGCUUGCUGUUCAGAGCCUCCCCGAACUCCCUCUGCGCUGCCCGUGCCGUGGACAAGAGCGUUCUCCUCAUGAAGCCAGAAGCCGACCUGUCGCCCAGCUCCGUGUACGGCUUGCUGCCGGGGAAGAAAUUGCAUGACUAUAGACAUGGUCCAGAAAUGGACUUGGAGGAUCCCCUGGAGAAUUGUGUCCCCUUGAAGACAAUAACUGUGAACGGGAUCACCUAUUCUCCAGUAGAGACGCAAGAAGAUGACGCUUACAGCAUCCUAAAG